AUGCGUUUGAGCAGGUUUGUUUUAAGAGUUUUCUUCAAGCAGGUCAUGAAAUGUAAAUCUUUUACAGAGCACCUGCCUCCACAUCUGUGUGCUCUGGUGUUAGUCACAAGGUUGGAGGCAAAGGUCGCCUACGUUUCUACCAUUCUCUUGCAAGAUUCCAGGAUGAAAACACGGGACCUGUUCCUUCUCCUCUGUCUCGUCAGGGCGGCAAGUGCUCUGUACAAACAGUGGAUCCCUGACACCAACUAUGAGAAUGAGACCAACUGGGACAAAGGAGCUGUUCCAUGCGGUAACGACGUGAUUCAGUUUCCGCCCCAGAGACGCGUGUCGGUGUUCGUGGAGUCCAUGCAUGCGGUGAAGGAGAUGAGGAUGCCCGUUCAUGGGGAGUUCAUCCUGACUCCAGGCUCUGGGUUUUACGUUCUGGACGGACAAGAGCCCGGCUGCGGCCAAGGUGUAGUGUCCCAGUUCAAAGAUUCGGAGCAUCUCCGCUGGUUUGACCCGGUUCUGUGGCACACGGCGGCCACUCGCGACGACCUGGAGCACGGGAACUUCAUAUUCUCAGUCCACGAGGAGAGCGUGCCCUGCCGGUACGAUGACGUGGUCUUUAAAGAAUGGUCUUCCUUCAGAGUGGACACCAGCUCCAGUCAGUCCAGUUCUCCUGUGAAGUCCGUGUCUGUGCUGGGGAAGAAGUUUGACAGCGAGUCCGAGUUCACCCGGUACCUCAGCUCGCAGUCGGGGCAGCUGCAGUUUCAUGGAUCCUCUCCGGUUGCCGUCGGCAACCCGGGCUGCGCCGAUCCGUCCGGCUGCGACUGUGGGAACGCUGCGAACCACCGUCAGAUCUGCAGCACCAUAACGUGCCCGUCUCUCAGCUGUGGGAAGCCGCUCCUCCCAGUAGGACACUGCUGUGAGGUGUGCGGCGCCAUUGUCUCCGUCCAUUAUGACGAUGGUUUCAACCUGCAGGCCUACAGACAGCGAAUCCAUAACCUUUUUCUCACCCAGCCAACAUACAAAUCCACCCAGCUGGGAAUGUCUAAAGUCCUCAAGUCACAAAGGCUGAUGGGAAUCAUCCCCUUCAGUGCCGCAGAGGAGAUCCAGGUGCUUAUUCUGGACGGAGAGGAGGGGGCUCGAUCAGCGGCUCUGGCCCAGGACAUACUGAAGGACGUCCGCACCUAUGGCUCCAGCAUUGGAAUCAGUGGGGCCGAAGUUCAGACGUCCUCUGGCAGUCAGUCUGGAGGCAGCGCGGGGAUGGUGGUCGGCGUCGUGUUUGGGGUUUUAAUCAUAAUCGCGCUUGUUUGCGUCACGGCUGUCCUGAUUCGUAAAGGAGUGCUCAAGGCGCCUUCGAUGCCUUCGAUGCCGACGCUCAGCAGCUUAAAGAGGCAGAGUGGCAUCGGAGAACUGGGAGGGCCUCUGGACCACGGCUUCGAUAACCCCAUGUUUGACAAGCCGGGCCUGAUGCCUGACAUUCCCAGUCUGUACGGCGCUGGGUCUAACCAUUCCAUCUCCAUGACUCAGACAGGCGUGUACUUCGUGAAUCCAGUUUUCGAUGACAAAGAAACUGAUUUCAAUGCCUGAGGCUGACUGCUUGAUCAGACGCGGCCUUCAAGAAAACAUCAUCUCGCAGCUUUCUAAUAAUUAGGCGACUGUUGGCAGACGCUGAAGCUUUUAAUAUCCAAAUCAACAUUUGAGUCAAAUAAAAGAGUUACGGGCAGAGUUGUCUACUUUUCCCGCAUUCGUAUCGUACUCGGGAGCAAUAAAACUGCAGUAAAGCCUGCAAUAAAUGCACGCAUACUGCUGAACAGAAGCUUUAUGCUCAUGUCGCACAGUCGGUGCUGGAAGUUGUGCUGACAUUUACACUAUGUGAAAACUCCUGCAUAUGUACCAGCUCCAUGUAACUCCUUAUGUAACCCCAAUAAAAACGUUUAAUGCCCUAAUA